CAAACAUCUCAUGACGUGAACUUGAUUGACGUUAAUGGCCAGUCAUUCAGGUGAAUCCCUAUUACAGGCAAGCAAUGCUAUCGAAAUUCUCGUAUUAAUGAUCUUUACAGAAACGCAAAAAGUGCAAUCGUAGACAUGUACGCCAUAAAGGAAACGGAGCAAAAAUAGUAGGAUUGGUAACCCGAGCUUAUUGGCUUCAUCAGGCCCAAAUGGAUGCACACAAUUGAGGACUGUGACUUCGGUGUGCCUCAAGGCUCGUGUCUGGGUCCCCUGCUUCUCAUUAUUUUUAUUAACGACAUUGUUAGUGAUAUCGAUUGUUACCAUUUGAUUUACGAAGACGGCUUGAGGAUUUGUUGCGGUGUCGUAAGCUGCUUGACUACAGGGUGAUUUCGACAAGCAAAUGGGGGUCUCAUUAUUUUUUCCGCUCCGUACCUCCGUUGGGCUUUGUCAGUGGCGUAGCGAGGGGGCUCUGGACCCCCCCUCCCCCCGAAAUACUGAGACACAUUAAAAAAUUAAUUGAGCAUGAAGCAGGGAAGAGAAAGAAGAGCUACGAGAUUAGUGCUGUAACUUAGAGCAUUAUAUUAUUUUAUUAAUUAUUCAUUUGCGUAAUGUGAAACUGUUAUAUAUAUACCUAUAAUUUAGCUACGCUGUUGUUUUUCUAGACUUAAUCAUUUAUUUGAAAGAGUUUAAAGCUCCGGACGAACUACAACACCAUAUUAUUUAUGUUUAUUAGUUACAUCAUGAUGAGGA